AUGACUACUUACGAGAAGAUCGUCAAAGGGGCAACCAAGGUCAAAGUGGCUGCCCCAAAACCAAAAUACAUUGAGCCCAUAUUAAUGGCCACUUCCAUGGACCACUCAAUUGUAUCUGCUGAUAACUUCAACACCAUUAUGAGGACAUUACAACAAAGACUACGUGAUAGUUCGUGGUCAGUAGUUUAUAAAUCAUUAAUUGUUAUUCAUCUUAUGAUUAGGGAGGGAGAUAAAGAUGUCACAUUGAAAUAUUUAGCUGAUCAAGGCCAUUCGAUGUUGAAUUUAUCACUGAGUAAUAUUGCCAGUAAUAAUAGUGGAAAUUUCAAUGCUGAUGUUCGAUUAAUUAUGAAAUAUUCCAAAUAUUUACAUACUAGAGUCAAACAAUUUGAUGCUACUGGAAUUGAUUAUGUACGGGAUGAGAGGUCAAAUAAUAGUACAACACAAGAAGGUGGAAGAUUACGAUCAUUAACUAUUGAAAAGGGGUUAUUAAGAGAAACUGAGAGUGUUCAAAAACAAAUUGAUUCAUUACUCAAGAAUAGUUUCAUGGAAAAUGAUAUAAAUAAUGAUAUUGUUUUAACUGCGUUUAGAUUAUUAGUUAAUGAUUUAUUGGCUUUAUUUCAAGAACUCAAUGAAGGUGUGAUAAAUAUUUUGGAACAUUAUUUUGAAAUGUCAAAAUUUGAUGCUGAACGCUCAUUGAAAGUUUAUAAGAAAUUUGUUGAUCAAACGAAAUACGUCAUUGAUUAUUUACGAGUGGCUAAGCAUCUUGAAUAUGCCACUAAAUUACAUGUUCCCACUAUCAAGCAUGCACCAACAGCAUUAACUAGUUCAUUGGAAGAAUAUUUGGAUGAUCCAAAUUUUGAAAUGAAUCGACGUCAAUAUUUGACUGACAAGGGCAAUAAACAGAAUGCUGAUAGUCACAAGAAACCUGUAUUUGGUGAUAGAGAUGAACCUAAAGCUACUCCUCAACAACAGCCUCAGCAACAGUCCCAACAACAGUUUUCACAAACUAUCAAUAAUGGUGGUGCAAGUGGAGUUGAUAGACAUGCUUCUUUAGUUGUUCAGCAAACUUAUAAUCCAUGGGAUAAUAUUGCCAUUCCAGUCUAUGCUCAAGCCUACACACAAACUCAGGUUGACCCAUUUCAACUUCAACAGCAACAACAACAGCAACAAGAGGCUCAAAUACAACAGCAACAACAACAAGCCCAAAUACAGGCUCAACAGCAGGCUGAACAACAGGCACAGCUCCAAGCGCAACAGCGGGCUGAACAACAGGCACAGCUCCAAGCGCAACAGCAGGCUGAACAACAGGCACAGCUCCAAGCGCAACAGCAACAGCAACAGGCACAGCUCCAAGCGCAACAGCAACAGCAACAGCAACAGCAACAGCAACAGCAACAGCAACAGCAACAGCAACAGCAACAACAAUUGCAACAGCAACAUACAUUUGGUCAUCAAUCAAGAUCAUCAUUGCCUCCCAUAUUUCAAGGACAACAAUAUCAAUCGCCUUUGCAUACUUCCUUUACAGGUAAUGGAUUUGGGGGUUAUGGUAGUCAAACUACUUUGCAACCUCAACAAACAAACCCUACACAGCAAUCAUUACAACCAUUACAGCCUCAAAGCACUAAUCCAUUCUUGCAACAACAACAACAACCACAAUUUACUUACACGCAAUUUCAGCAACAAACACAAUUACCUUUACAACAUCAAAAUACUAAUCCUUUUAUACAACAGGCCCAACAAGCACAAACGGCACCAGCUAUGCAGCAGCAACAACAACAACAACCACAUCCGCAAUUCACGCAACAGUUUACGCAACCGCAAUUACAAAUUCAACAGCAAUCUCAAUCAAGUCCAGGAUUACAAAGAUCAAACACUAAUCCAUUCUCAAGGUUGGCAACUGGUCAACAAAAUACUCAACCACAAGGGGGUGUAUUUUUUGGGCAACAACAGCCACAACAACACAUUCAACCCUUGCAACAUCAAUCUACAAACCCAUUUGCCCGUCGCGCGUUUGAUCCAAAUGUCGACAGUUUAAUUUAG